AUGCGUAGGGCAGAUGCCAAGUCCCUCCUCGGGAUGCCGAAGCAGCCCUCUCGAAAAUUCCCGGCCAAUGAGGGCCACAGUGCUUAUCUGGACUUGGCAAUCCCCGGACCGCGUGGUCAGUACGGAUGGACAUAUGGUCAUCUUUCGCAGGUUGUCACCCCAUGCGUUCUUCAUGGUCAUCCGUGA